AGUGAGUUGAGUGAUUGAGUUUGUGGGUUGGGCGAGGCUUCAUUUCAAGGUGUUUGUCAUCAUCAAGCUAUUUUCAAAUUAGAAACGAAUUUUAAAAUGAAACUGUGAUAUCUAUACCUUGUGAAAAACGUGUCCAACAUCACAAAAGUGUUUUCUACUCAUCAAAUGAAAAUAAUGUAAUUUUUCUCUUUGUUUAUUAACGGAAAAUGACGCGUGUUUUGUUACUUCUCGCAUUGGCGAGUUGCGUGAGGAGUCAGAUUCCUGAGUCCAGUGGAACGUUCAACCCCAACUAUAAUCAGCAGCCUUACCAGGAUAAUAACCAGAAUGGUACUCUAUACCGUCCAAACCCUCAAGUACCUUACGGCAGCUUUCCAGUGAACAAUAACGAUUACAAUUCGGGUCAGAGUUCUUUUUACCAAGAUAACUUUAACUCUGAUAACUUCGGCACCAAUGAUAAUGAGGUUGAUCCACAAAAUACAGCAACUUAUUACGCCGGCCUGGACUACGAGGAGAGAUACAGAUGUCCGCCAAAUUGGAUCAGAUUCCGGGAAUCGUGUUACCGCUUUACUAAGUCGCCGGACCGACCUAGAAAUGAGGCCCGUAAGAUUUGUUUAGCUUACGAAGCGGACUUAGCGGCUGUCAACAGCCCAGAAGAACAUGGAUUUAUCAUCACAAAUCUAAUGAAACUUGAUCCCCAGAAAGGUUCGUGGUAUAUUGGUGCACACCAACAAUCACCAGGGUAUUGGUCCAAUGAUGCUGAUGGUUCACAGUUGACUGGUUUAGAAAAUGCAUUUUUCAAUGAUCAUUCCCAAAUAUAUAACAGUUAUAACUUAUUGCCUCGUGAUUACUUGGUGUACAGGUUCUCCCAACUUGAUGGGCGCUGGGGCUUAUCUCCUGUAGAAGGCAACCAGUAUUAUCACUUUAUUUGUGAAGGACAAACACAAAGACUGCAUUAUCUUAUUGAAGAAGAAAGGUCAUUUACCUACGGACUGGAAACUUAUGAUCCGGAGAGGAUUCCUAGAGGACCUUACUUUAUCAAGGAGCCUGUAGACACAAUAUAUGAUCCUAUGAGGAAUUAUCAUGUUCAGUUGACAUGCAUAGCAGGAGGCUACCCAGCACCUGUGUACAAGUGGUACAGAGAAGAGUAUCAGGUAGACAGCCCUAUCUUCACUGAAAUUGAUCCAUUAGUUGAUACCAGAUUUGUUCUUAGUGGAGGAACACUCAUGAUUUAUAACCCAGAUACUGAUAAAGAUAAUGCAAGGUACCACUGCACAGCCUCCAAUAAAUUUGGUACAAUCAGGUCCGAAUCAGUGCGAUUGUCAUUUGGUUUUAUUAGAGAAUUUAAUCAGAAGAGGUCGGUUGAAAGUGGUAAUCAAUAUUGGGGUAAAGUAAUGUAUUGUGAUCCCCCAUCCUACUAUCCUGCUGUGAACUUCUUAUGGGCUAGGAACUAUUUUCCUAAUCUGGUAGAAGAAGACAAGAGAGUAUUUGUGUCUUAUGAUGGAGGUCUCUAUUUCUCUGCUUUGGAGACUAUUGACAGGGGAAACUACAGUUGUAAUGUGAUGAGCCAGGUUUCAGAUGCAGGCCGAAAUGGACCAUUCUUCCCACUAUUUGUCUAUCCACAUUCUGAUUACCAGCACCUUAAAUUUCCAAAUAAUUUCCCUAAAGUUUUUCCUGAAGCACCAGUUGUAGGGCAGGAGGUCCGGCUUGAAUGUGUUUCUUUUGGUUAUCCAGUACCAUCUUACAACUGGACAAGACGUGGUAGCAAUAUGCCAAGAAAGGCUCAUUUGAGUAACUAUGAUCGCGUAUUGACAAUACCAAAUGUGGGAGUUGAAGAUGAAGGUGAAUACAUCUGUGAUGUUAAGAAUGACAGAGCCCACAUAACCAACAGUGUCUUCCUUAAGGUGCAAGCUAAGCCUAACUUUACUAUUCCCCUAGCAAAUAAGCACAUGGACAACAAAGGUGAAUUACAUUGGAACUGUGAAGCUUUUGGUAUUCCAGAUGUUAACUAUACUUGGUGGAAAAAUGGAGAGAAACUUACCAUGGAUACUUUAGAAUCUGAAGAUAGAGAUCGUUAUGUUAUACAAGAUAAUGUAUUAAUAAUAAAGUACUUGGACCCAACUAGAGAUCCAGGCAUGUACCAGUGUGAAGCAAAGAAUCAGCUUAAAGGCAGUUUCUCUACAGGACAGUUGAGAGUGUUAUCUUUAAAGCCGUCAUUUAAGAAGCGGCCCCUUGAGUCUGAAACAUAUGGUUCCGAGGGGGGCAAUGUUACUCUGAAAUGUAAUCCUGAAGCAGCUCCAAAGCCUACAUUUACUUGGAAGAAAGAUAAUAUCGUUAUCGGCGCUGGUGGCAAGAGAUUUAUCGCUGAAAGUGGAAACCUCAUAAUUCGACAACUAUCCAGGGAUGAUGAAGGCGUGUAUACAUGUGUCGCCAAAAACCAAUACGGAACCGACGAAAGCCGUGGACGAUUGAUUGUAUUGCGUGCGCCGCGCUUCCUGGAACGACUGCCUCCGAGAAUCACAACACAAGUUAACCAAGUGGUGUUUCUACAUUGUAACGCCGAGAUAGAUCCCAUGCUGGACACAGCUUACCUCUGGAAUCACAACGGUAUUCGUAUGAAGGAGGCAGCUGAUCUGUAUGCUGACAAGAGAAUUAAGAUCGACGGAGGUGAGCUCACCAUUCUAAACGUGAGUCUAUCGGACGUCGGAGACUACGAGUGUAUAGUGAAGUCAGCUAUAGGACGUAUCUCAUCGCAUACUCAACUGCGAAUUGAAGGACCACCCGGUCCGCCCGGUGGCUUACAGACGCUCAACAUACAACGUUCUUCUGUCACUUUGGAAUGGACCGACAGCAAUUCAAACGGACGUCCUAUCACGAGCUACAUUGUUACUGGUCGCACGCACUGGAACUCCUCGUGGUACACUAUAAACGAUAAUGUCGUCAAUGUCAUGGAGAUUGACCGAUACAAUGGACGCAAACGUGCCACCGUAACUACGACACUAAUGCCAUGGGCUAUCUACGAAUUUAGGGUUCAAGCCGUAAACCUAUUGGGACCUGGAAAGCCCUCUGCACCCAGUCCACAAUUCUCUACUCCUGCUGAUAGGCCAUACGUGGCACCUGCAAAUGUGGGAGGUGGUGGUGGAAAAACUGGUGACCUUACUAUUACGUGGACCCCACUGCCGCGGUCUUUGCAGAAUGGACCAGGGAUUUACUACAAAAUAUUCUGGCGCCGCAAUGGUACCGAAGUGGAAUUCCAAUCGUUGUCUCUCAAGAAGUAUGGUAACAUUGGAACAUAUGUCGUACAUAUAUCGACAACUUAUUUCUAUACCCCAUAUGAUGUGAAGGUGCAGGCGUACAACGAGAUCGGCGUGGGUCCGGAGAGCGAGGUAGUGACGAUAUAUUCGGCGGAGGACAUGCCGCAGGUGGCUCCUCAGAUGGUGUUCGCCAGGUCCUUCAACUCUACGUCACUCAACGUCACCUGGAACCCCAUCGAUCAGUCGCGUGAGAGAUUGCGUGGCAAGUUGAUUGGACAUCGUCUCAAGUACUGGAAGCAGGCGAAUAAAGAAGAAGAAUGUAUCUACUACCUCUCCCGAACGACGCGCAACUGGGCUCUCAUUGUUGGUCUGCAACCUGAUACAUACUAUUUUGUAAAGGUAAUGGCAUUUAACGCGGCAGGCGAGGGUCCUGAGAGCGAGCGGUACUUGGAGCGUACGUUCCGCAAAGCGCCGCAGAAGCCGCCGGCGUCCGUCAACGUAUGGGCGUACAACCCGACGACGGUGCGCGUCGUGUGGAGAUACGUACAGCCUACUGAUGAAGAGGAACCUCUGCUUGGAUACAAGGUGCGCGUAUGGGAGAUAGACCAAGACAUGAGCACGGCGAAUGAUACGAUAGUGCUUGUCGAACAUAAGCUAGAGGCUUACGUCAUGAACCUAACGCCGGGCAAGUCGUAUAACUUGCGUGUGCUAGCAUACUCGAACGGAGGUGACGGCAGAAUGUCCUCUCCAGCCAUCACCUUCCAAAUGGGAGAUUAUCACACAGACUCUUACGGAUAUAGCGCUAGAAGCUCCGCCCCCAAACAUAUACAAACUCUAACUAUAUUAUUUACCUCUCUUCUAUUCGCUUUCUCGUGUAAAUGGGUUGUCUCGUGAUGUACAAAUUUUGCAUCUUUUUCUUCAUAAUUAUGUACCUUAACCAAUGUUGCAUUCCUUUUUUUUUGUUAUCUGAUGUUAGGUUGUGAUAUGCGUCCGGCCAUUACUUUCGCUCAUAUCUUUAAUUAUAUUUUAUUUAUAUUUUUGUAUGAGCUUGAAAUCAACUUACGUAGUGACUUGUUUAGAGCUUAGGUUAUAUCUAUUUGUGUGACUUUACUUUGUCCGUAGCUGUAACUAGUAGACUGGUUUUAGUUAUAUUUUUCUACUCAAAACUUUUCCACUGCUUGAAUUCAGGUAAGCACAAAGCACCGCGAUGAUUUCAUUGUCUAACUUUACGACUUUUUUGUUAAACAGGUGAAUAUUGUGUUGAUAGCUGUAGUUAGUUCAUAAUCUUUAUUGAUAACAAUUGUAUGUAGUUUUACUCUUUUCUCAUAAAUAUGUAUAUUAUACUAUUUUUGUAAUAAUUUAAAACCUGUCAAUUUUUUAUUGACAAUAAGUAAUUUAAUAACAUUUGAUAUUACUGAUUUAGUAAGCGGAAUUUAUAUAAAAUUCUUUGAUAUAGGUCCAUAUCACAUAGGGUAGAUUAAGGAUAAUAAUAUUUUGUUAUAUGUAACAGCAUAUUUGUAAUGUAGCUAUUAUAACCACCAAUCCGAGCCAUUAUAACAUUUGAUCUGAUUUAUUUCGAGUAUAUACUUUAUUUUUAUAUUUAUAUUUUAUACAAGUGUUCAAAUACGAGUUUAGGAAUAACAUGACAAUUUAUUUUCUGUUUAUUUAGUACCUGCAAUUAGAGGAUCGACGACGUGUAUAACAUUUAACGUUACCCAAUAAAUAUAUGGCGAGUUGUUUCCACUUUAAAUGUUAAAGCUUUCAAAUCAUUAACUUAUGUCAACUACAUCAUGCUUUGAUUCAUUUGUAAUUGUAAUUUAAACACGAACAAAAAGGCUUAUUAAAUAUGUGGAACUUUACAAUGUAUAUCAAGUUAGUAGACUAAUCCCGCCUACUGUAUGCCUGCUAAAAUGAAUCUCAAUAUUUCCGAUAAUUGUUGUAGUGUACUAGAUGUAAAAGAAUAUGAAAUGCCUUAUAAAUGUUAAAAUUGUCAUUUUAAUAUGUAUUUGUUUCAAGUAAAAGAUAUAUUAAAUUA